AUGGGGCCAGGGCCCGCGCUCCUUCUGCUGGGCCUGGGCCUGGGCCUCGACUGGGGCUGCAGCCGCUUCCCUCCGCCCCUGGCUCCUCGCGAGGCCCCGGCCACCGUCCCGGUCCCGGGGGCGCCCGCCGCGACCCACGGAGCCCCGUCCAAGGCCCGAGUCUGCGUCUCGGCGCCGGGCUUGGCGGCCACACCGCGCUCGGUGAGGGGCGCCCCGGGUCUCGGGCUGCUCCGCGGCCGCGUCCUCCUCAGCCUGUGGCCCCGCGUGGUCCCGGGAGGCGGAGUGGUACUGAGCGGUGGCCGUGGCCUCUGCUCCUCCCGCGGGCCACGCCAGCACUGCCUCCACGUGCGCGUACUGCUCGGCGCCCAACUCUCCCGCCGUGUCCGCCGCGCGGAGCCCACCCUCGUGGACCUGCACCUCUCGGCGCCGCGAGGCCAGCUCUCCCUACGGUGGUUCACCCCCCUGCAGCGCUCGCUUGGGCCUCUGGAAUGGACCUUUCACCUCGGGCUGGUCAGGCCCCGGGAAGCCUCCUCUGCUGUCCACGUGUCGCCCCGCUCCAUUGUGCCCAGCGGCCCUCAACCCCACUGGGGCUACGUGGCCCAAACCAAGUGUCCUACAGAUGGCCCCACGCCUGUUGUUUUAGAAGCUGUCAACUCGGACAGUUCCCAAGCCAUGGCGUCUUCAGUGUCCUGUCAGUUAUCAACACAGGAUGUUUGUGUUAUCACAAAGGUAAAGAUCAACAGGGACAAAGACGGGUCUCCCGUGGUGUUGACCAGGAAGAUGGAAGCUUCCCUCAAUGCCACCGUCGAGUAUGACUGCCCAUUCCCCAAGACUACUAUUCACCGUUGGAAUGUCUUUUCUGCGCCUUCAGUAUCUGAUGUGCCAGACUGGACUAAACCUUUGAGUGUUGCACAACUCCACUUCCCGAGUGAUCCAGCCGUUGUGCACAUCCCCAAGGAGUCUUUAUCUUGGGGGGUGUAUGUGUUCAGACUCUUAGUGAUCGUGGUCACAGCGACUCCAAAACCGAAUGUGGUGAAAGCCUCCGAUCACAUCUAUGUCACUAUUGUUAGAAGUCUCCUGAAGGCGGUUAUUCUUGGGGAUCCCAACAUAAUAAUUAAUUUCACAGAUGGGCUGGUUCUGAAUGGAUCGAUGUCCUCUGAUCCAGAUGCAGACAACCCUUUAGAGGGACUCCAUUUUUUUUGGUACUGUACCACAAAUCCAAGAAACUAUGAGGGAGAUAAAAUAACAGUGAUGAGCAAGGAUGUUUGUCUUCCAGCACAGGCUGAUCUCAAGUGGACAUGGGCCUCUGGCCCUGUGCUAACACUUUUGCCAGAAACACUUAAAGGCGACCAUGUGUAUUUUUUCAGAAUGGUGAUACAAAAGAGUGGCAGAACCGCAUUUUCUGAUAAAAGGGUACAAGUGCUCCAAGGACCAACACCUAGAGCACAUAUUUCGUGUAUUGAAAAUUGUGAUACAAUUUUGGUUAUAUCCGAUAGAUUUUCUUUGUUUCUUAAUUGCACAAAUUGUGCCAUAAGCCAUGAUGUCUAUAAGUGGUCGAUUCUGUCACCUUCAGGGAAGGAGAUGGGAUUUGAUUGGAUGGGGCAAACUGCAACAGGAAGGAAUAGCGAUUACUUAUCUAUAAAAGCGUUUGCUUUUAGGCAAUUUUUUGAAGCUAAGUUUUGGAUUUCUGUAGAUCUAGCAACUUGGAGUGGAGUGAACUUGGUCCUCAGGCAUCCCUUUAUUGUUAACCAUGUCCCUGAAAUCGGAGAAUGCAAAAUUAAUCCAGCUAAUGGAAUUGCAUUUUUUACUAAGUUUGUUAUCCAGUGCAGUAAUUUUAAGGAUCUGAACACCCCUCUUACAUAUAGAAUGAUAGUUUCUAAUUUGCAUGGUUUUGGUGAAAUCAGUUCUUUAAAAGAGAACACAUUGGGGUCCACCCUGUAUAUGGGCAACGGGCCCAUAUCACCCCCUUCCUUUCUCCCUGUUGGUGUGCUGGUCAAUCAUUACGCUGUGAAGAUCUAUGUCCAGGUAUAUGACUCUCUAGGAGCUUUUUCUCAGGUGACUUUGUAUACCACUGUACAAGCUCCUACUGACAAAAACUCAUCAAAGACUGUGCUGCAUCAAUUACUCAAUUUCACCAUAGGACCGAACUCAGAGAUAUCCACUUUGCUUCAAAAGCAGGAUUUUUUACCUGCGGGCUACUUAAUGUACAUAGUAGCCUCCGUUUUGAAUAGCAUAAAACCCGAAUCAACUCUGCAAGAGGACAAAUCCAUGCUGCGUGAACACCUCGUCAAUCAGUCUUUCAUUCUCCCUGUAAGCAAUUUGGUGGAAAUUAGCCAGGUAGUCAUGGCUAUUGCUGAAUUAACCCAGGAAGUCUCGGAAUUCACUCGAGUUGCUCAGAAUCUUUCCACCGUGAGGAUUUGGCAAGCAAAUCAAGCCCUACAACAGCAUCGGCAAAAAGAUAAACACUUGCACUCUGAACAAAUAGAAACCGUGAGCACUGGAAUAUUAACAAGUUUAUCCAAUAUCUUUAAAAUGAUUGCUCGUCACGAAGUUGUUGAUGGUCCUUUCUAUGUAUUAGAAUCUCUAGCAGACCCUAUAUUGACUGGUAAAGUGCCAGGGAAUGAAACCACUGUAAUGAGGUCCUCGAGCUUUAACAUGUAUAUCAAGAAAACGGAAAAGUGGGUUGUUAAUAGCAUCUUAGGCAAUGAGGAACACUGUCUAAAUUGUUUUCAUCCAGUACUAAAUGUGAGCAGUGUCCCUGCUUUGUCUGAAAAUGCUCCAAUUUCUAUGAUGUUUUGUGAGUUUGCAGAUGACCCCUUUCCUUGGUUAAAUUAUCAGGAAAAUAUUUCAGCAGAUGUGGUUGCAUUCAGAAUGAAAGGAACCACAGCUAACGGAGAUGUGAUAGAGAUCACACCUGAUGUAGCGGAAGUGUACCUCCGCAGAAAAAACUUGAGCUUUGCAGCUUUUAAUCUCACAGUGGGACCCGACAAUGAACCUAAUAAUGUCGCUGAGUCCUUGAGAAAGACAACAGGGGGGUUUCGCUUUGAAGUGGACAGCGGAGCAGGGAAGGAGGUGUUGGUUCACAUUGUGACGGAAGUGACUGUGCUGUUCACGGCCUUGGUGUACGCUGGCAGUCAGAUCAGCCCCAGUGCGUUGGUCGCCACCUUCCUCGUGCCCCAUGACAUCCCUCCAAUUGCCAACCAGAGUGGCCUGUUUGACGCAGCCUGUACAGUUAAGGUGGCCCGCGUGCUGUGCCUUCCGCUGUCCCUACUGCAAGUCAUAGCUCAGCGAAGCCACUCAUCUGAGUACGCCGUAACCGUGGUUCUGCAGGCUCCUCGUUUUGUCAUGAAGCUCAGUGACAAGCUAGUGAGAAUUUCUGUUUUCAGCGUUCAAUGCUUGGAAAUGUAUGGGAUCCAGAGUGACUGGAGAGAAGAUACCUGUGUCCUCGGAGACAAGACUACCUGGGACAGAGUGCACUGUAUCUGUAAGCACGCAGGGAGGGUCAGGCGGCAGCUGAAUACAAUGGGAUUAGCAAACAUUCGCCUGCACGCCCGCUAUUUGACAGCCAAGGUGAUUGUGGCCCCUAAUCCUGUAGAUCUGCGGUUAGAGGUCAUCAGGAACGUUACCCAAAACCCUGUGACUGUCUUCACCGUCCUCUUCCUCAUGCUCAUGUACAUAGUCCUAGCUUUCUGGGCCUUGCACAGGGAUGAAACCGACCAGUACUUUCGGGAACGUGUCAUAGUUCUACCUGACAACGAUCCUUAUGAUAACAUAUGUUACCUAGUCACUAUUUUUACAGGAAGCCGUUGUGGGGCUGGGACCAGGGCCAGUGUCUUUGUCCAACUUAGAGGGACAGAAAGCACUAGCGAUGUACACUGUUUAAGCUACCCAGACUUUAUAACUCUCUACCGAGGAAGCAUCCACACUUUCCUCCUAACAACAAAAAGUGACUUGGGGGACAUUCAUUCCAUUCGUGUGUGGCACAACAACGAGGGCAGAGCCCCCAGUUGGUAUCUAAGUAGAAUCAAAGUGGAAAAUCUGUUUAGCAGACACAUCUGGCUGUUCAUGUGUCGGAAGUGGCUUUCUAUUGACACCUCUUUGGACAGGACGUUUCAUGUGACUGACCCAGACGAGCCUCUCAAGAGAGAGGACUUCUUCCUUAUACAUAUGACUGAUGAGCUGGGGACAAAGCACAUGUGGUUCUCUGUGUUUGCUGGCGUCGUUGCCAAACCAUUCAAUAGGCUCCAGAGACUGUCUUGUUGUUUAGCAAUGUUGCUGUCCUCCCUCAUGUGUAAUAUUAUGUUCUUUAAUCUAAGUACACAAAAAGAAACUGCAUCAGAAGGGAGCCGAUAUGUCAGAUCGAUGACAAUAGGAUUGCAAAGUGUCUUAAUCACAAUUCCUGUGCAAGUAAUCAUCACUCUGCUGUUCACCUAUUCCCAGAGGAAACCUCUGGUGACUCUAGAUGAGGUGUCCCCUCAGACGCAGCCCUGGAUAUUGGCGGCAAGUGGACACUGGGAGGAGCGCUUGGAGAAGUGGCAUACUCACGAGACUGAGGAAGCCCCCUCAGGAGAGGCUGAAGAGCUUCCUUCUAGGAAAAGUCCUGGACUCCGUAAGUCUCCUGUUAAGGCAAAGUUGAAGAAAGGGCGCCAGGAUAAGAAAGCAAAAAGCAAGGUCUCACGCACCCCCAGAACAAAUAUUAACACAAAUGCCAACAAGGAAAAUGUGACAGACAACCAAGGUGUUUAUUCUGCAGAGCCCCCUUCUGAGCCCCUCCCCAAACCCAGGAUUGUUCUGCCUUGGUGUUGUGUUUACAUAGCCUGGUUCUUGGUUUUUGCCACUUGUGGCAUAUCCUCAUUCUUUAUUGUAUUUUAUGGACUAACUUAUGGCUAUGAAACAUCAAUAGAAUGGCUCUUUGCAUCGUUUUGUUCAUUCUGUCAGUCCGUUUUUCUGGUGCAGCCAUCUAAAAUUAUGUUUGUGUCAAGCAUCAGGGCAAGUAAGCUCAAGUACUGUAAAAACCUUUCAUGGGGGAGCAGCCAUCGUUUUACCGAGGUCAUGCUGCAGAACAUACAGCUGCAUCCAGAGGAGAUGCUCAAGCGACAUAAGUACAUCACCUACAUCCGAGGCACCAGGAUGUACCAGCCGCUCACAGAAGACGAAAUCAGAAUAUUCAAAAGAAAGAAGAGGAUCAAGAGAAGAGCCGUCCUGUUCCUGAGUUAUAUUCUAACUCACUUGAUCUUUCUAGCCCUUCUGGUGAGACUUGUCACUCUGCUACGCCACACAGACAGCUUCUACUAUAAUCAGUUCAUUCGCGAUCAGUUCUCUGUGGAUCUUGCUACGGUGACCAAGCUGGAGGACAUCUAUGGGUGGCUCAAUGGCGUGCUGUUGCCUUUGCUCCACAACACGCUGAAUCCAACGUUUCUUCCCGACAGCUCGUCUAAAAUCCUCGGCCUUCCACUGAUGAGGCAAGUAAGGGCAAAGCCUGGUGAAAAACCAUGUCCGCCUGCCAAAAGCUUUGCGCCAAACAGCAUCAAAGGAGAAAUUCACUGUCAUCCCAAAUAUGACACCGACCGAGAAGACACAAAAAGCUACACUAGCUUUUGGAAUAAAGUUAAUAAGCGGAUGACCGACAAGAAUACCAAAGGGUUUACUUAUAAGCCUCCAGAAAAGAGAUGGGUAUAUUAUUCCUAUGGACUUCUACACACCUAUGGGUCAGGUGGGUAUGCUUUCCAUUUUUUUCCAGAUCAGCAGCAAUUUAAUUCCACACUGAGGCUCAAAGAACUCCAAAGCAGCAACUGGCUGGAUGAGAAGACAUGGGCUGUGAUUCUGGACCUAACAACUUUUAAUCCAGAUGUAAAUCUGUUCUGCAGCAUUUCGGUCAUGUUUGAGGUUUCGCAGUUAGGAGUCGUGAACAUGAGCAUAUCUGUGCACUCCUUCUCACUUGCUGAUUUCAACAGGAACACGUCAGCAGAGAUCUACCUGUACGUGGCCAUCCUCAUGUUUUUUUUAGCCUACAUCGUUGAGGAGGGCUACAUCAUCAUGCAAGAAAGGGCCUCCUACGUGAGAAGCGUGUACAAUUUGCUCAACUUCGCUCUAAAAUGCACGUUUGCUGUGUUAAUUGUGCUCUUUGUCAGGAAACACUUCUUGGCCACCGGCAUAAUUCGGUUUUACUCGUCCAACUCUGUGGAUUUCAUUCCCUUUCACGCAGUUUCUCGAGUGGAUCACAGCAUGAGGAUCAUUUUGGGUUUCCUGCUCUUUCUGACAGUUUUGAAGACCCUCCAGUGUUCCAGAUUCCUUUAUAAUGUGCGCCUGGCUCAGAGGGCCAUCCAGACCGCCCUGCCUGGCAUCUGCCACAUGGCACUCGUUGUGUCCGUGUAUUUCUUCGUGUACAUGGCUUUUGGCUACCUGGUAUUCGGUCAGCACGAGUGGAACUACAGUAACUUGAGCCAUGCCACUCAGACAAUCUUCUCCUACUACAUGUCAGCUUUUCAGAACAGUGCAUAUUUCCAUAACAAGGUCAUUGGGGUCCUGUUCCUUUCAUCAUUUAUGCUGGUGAUGAUUUGCAUAUUGAGCAACUUGCUUCGGGCAGUGAUUUUGUCAGCCUAUGAGGACAUGAAGCAGCCCGUGUAUGAGGAACCUUCAGACGAAGCGGAAGCAGUGGCCUAUCUGUACGGCAAGCUCAGAACUGUGUUUGGCUUUCUGUCCUUCCAGUCCAAGGCCAAAGAUGAACCCAAGUUCUUUGUGGACAUGCUGUACGGGCAGCCAGGGAAGAAUAGCCACCGCUAUCUGGGGCUGAAGACCAGAAGCAUUAACGGGAGGAAAAUGGUUUAUCUCGUUGUGUGAUCCAUGACGGUUUCACGGGCCACAGACAAGGGUCUCCCUGAAAUGCUCAGUUUGUGGAAUUAAGAAAUGUUUAGUGUCUCAGUCAUGCUUUCUACCCACAUCAUUCAUAAGGCACACCCCUACAUUUGGAAAUAUCCCCACUCUUGGCCUCUACACUUGGGCACGUGAGAGUGUCGGAGU